CUCUAGGGCAUCCCAGGCAGUGUGUGGGGCGGGCUUAACUUUCGGCGGUGGGGAAUUCCUGCCUCGGGCGUGAGUCAGCGCCCACCCCUGCGGUCGAGAGGGCAGGACGCGCCCCAUAAAGCGGCCCGGCUGGACGGCGCUCCCACUGCUGCUGCUGCUGCUGCUGCUCCUGCGCUCCCGCUGGGCCCGGGACGCCGUCCCGUCCCGUCCCGUCCAGCCUGCCCCGCCCGCGAUGCAGCCCUCUCGGCCCCGGACGCUGUGGCUGCUGCCGCUGCUGCUGCUCCUGCUCUGCCCCGCGCCGCAGGGCGCCCACCCUGAGAGCACAGGCAGCCAGGCAGAGACCUGCCUCCUGCCCCCGGACCCAGGGCCCUGCCAGGCUCGGGUUGCCCGCUACUACUACAACAGGUACAAGCAGACCUGCAGGGCUUUCCUCUUCGGGGGCUGCGGGGGCAACGCCAACAACUUCGCCACCUGGGAGGCCUGCGACGAAGCCUGCUGGAGGAUCGAGGAAGUUCCCAAAAUUUGUAGGCUCCCAGUCAAUAAGGAUAAAUGUGGCAAGUCUAGUAAAGAAUAUUUCUUCGAUCUAAAGUCCAUGAGAUGUGAAAAAUUCGUAUCUGGUGGGUGUCGCUAUAAUGCAAACAGGUUCCCGGAUGAAGCUUCUUGUAUGAACUUUUGUGCGUCAAAGAAGAUGCCAUCAUUUUGCUACAGUCCAAAAGAUGAAGGAUUAUGCUUUGCUAAUGAAACUCGCUAUUAUUUUAAUAUGAGACACAAAGCCUGUGAGACCUUCACCUACACUGGCUGUGGAGGGAAUGACAAUAAUUUCCCCCACUUGGAAGAUUGCCAGCGAGUUUGUGAAAAAGCCUACAAGAUAGGAAAAAGGAAGAAACAAAUACCUCCUUUUGCAAUUAGAAGGCCGAAAAAUUGGAAGAAGGUAUUUUAAGAAUUUUCUUCUGUGUCAUCUUGUGAAUACUUAUUACCUGAGCAGGUAUAUCUGAAGAAUAAUAUGACACCAUGCAAAAACAAAUCAUCAGAGAUUUAUUCACCAGUUUUUUAUUGAUGUUACUUUUUCACCUCUCUAUUUUAUGCAUAGCUAGCUGAUAUUCAAAUGUGAACUUCUCCUUUUUAUUUGCUGUUCCAUUGUUUAUGAUACUGAAUUGUUGCAGUGCAUAAGAUAUAAAAGAAAAUAUGACUCACUCAGUUUUGAGGGUUGCUACUCCUUAUUAUGGCAAAUAAUCAUAACUGAAAUAUCAAUAGACAAUUGUGCACUUUUAACAUCCAUGAGCAUAAGCAAAACUGGCAGAUACAUGUCAUUAUCAAUUAAAAGUUGGAUUAUAUAAUUGGCCCAAGAAACAAAGGUUCAGAUUCACUAACAUUUUGAAAAAAUAAUCCAAUAUGUUGAUCUACUGACUGUACUUCCAAUUUUAUUGUGACACAUUGCAAUGUGAUUAAUAAGAGGGUUUACUUAAAAUAUAAUAAAACACUCUUGACCAAAUUAAAAAGUUAGCCAAUUUAUCAAACUCAAAAAACACCUAGAUAAAAAAAUUAUAUCAAUACCUCUUUCUUUUUCUAAAGUGAGCUAUUCUGGCUCAUAUUUUGCUAAGACAAAAUGGGUUGGAAACCAAUAAGGUUAUUAAAAUUUUGGUUCUAUUCAAGGUGUUUAUACUGCAAUAAAAUCAUGUGUGGUUUAAUAAUUUAAAUUCACCAAUAAACUAUUAUUAGGGCCAUUAUAAAUUAUAAAAAGGACCAUGGCAAUGAGAUAGGCUUUUUUUCUUUCUUUGCAAUAGAUUCUUAAAAUUUCCUAUAUUUUCUUCAUAAAAUUUGCCUCUUACUUAGCAAAACUACAAGUAUAUUUGCUUUUUGCUUAAGUAAUAUCUCAGUGGAAACCAAGCCCAGAGUUAUUUUGACAAGUAGUUUUAUGUUUAAGGACAUUGUUUGAUUCUGGAAACUUGUAACGAAUUGGCUGUUCAACAAUAGAGAACUGGUUGAAGGAAUUAUGGAUGAAGAAUGAACAAAUUAUCUAUACAUGGGUAUUAGCUGACCUGAAGAAUACACUCAUCAUCAUCAUCAUCAUCAUCAUAGGAGUAUGAAAAUAGUAAAAAUGGUUACUCAGAGUCAAAUGUUGUGGUGCUCAAUUGUAAUGCUAGCACUCAGAAAGCUAACUAAGAAGGGUUACAAGUCGGAGGUCAGCCGGAGCUACACAGUGAGUUCAAGGCCAGGCAGGACUACAUAGCAAGACUUUGUCUGAAAACAAAGCAAAACACAAACAAACAGGAUACCUAUAGUGGGAGGAAUUGAAGAAAAUAGUAGGCAGGUAUGAGAUGAAAUUUAUGUUCAUGUUUUGAGCUCGUACCAUGUAAAUAUAUUAUUUGACAUAAAAAUGAAUAAAAACACCUUCUUUAAACAUUGAAGAGGCUGGGCUAUAGCUCAGUGGCAUAAGUGCCUGCCUGGCAAGCACAUGGUCCUGAGUUUGAUUCCCAGUACCAAUAGCAAAAAAAGAAACAUUGAAAAUAACCCAAAACAAUGAAACCCAACUUACUAUCAAAUAGUGUCAGAAUUACACAAAAGAUGUAUAUUUAUUCUCAGUGACUUUCAACACCAGUAUUUUGACCAUAUGUCUUUAGGGUAUAUAAUCUAAGUCUCAAAAUUUUCUGAAUAAAUCUGUAGAAGUGUUGAAUAUGUAGUGUUAUUGGUAAAACUGCUGUUGGUGUUUGAAUCUACUGUAUAUGCGAUACUAUGUUACCCUACAUUAUAUUAAAAACAAGUAUUUGCAUUUU